AUGACCGGACAAACAAGACAUCGCGCUGUGUCCGAUACGCAUGCGGGCACAUGGUCUCGCCGACAGCUGCUCGAGAAACCCGAUCUUGAAAAGGCCUCGUUGCCCCCCUAUGACUCGGCCAGUGAAGACGAGCAACCCUACUCCGACUCCUCGCGAGUCACCCCCGGUUCUCACCCAUCCCGGCAGCUAAUGCUGGGCAGUCCGUCCCGCCGGCGGCGGCGGCCGAAUGGCGCCAGAUUCUACCCUGUCCCCCAUCGGCUGAUGCGAUGGCUGUGUUUCGCCCUGCUCUUCGCCCUCAUCCUCUUCGUCCUCACCCUUUUCCGCUUCAGUAUCGUCAAGCCCGCCCAGCAGAUCCCGCUGGAACUACCCAAAUCCGCCCCGAAGCCGCCGCAAUGGGAGAGCUUCCCCUUCCUGAAGCGCUACCACGGCGGAGUCCGCACGCUGGUACCCCGCAAGGAAAACGUCCCCGAGUACCCGGGAGACGGUCCGGAGGAGAAGAUUGUCCCCGAAGAUACGGACAAGGAGACGAGCAACCCCCAAGCCCGAUCGGAGCAAGGUCCGUCCAUGACCAGCUCGCCGUUCGACCCGUAUCCGGACUACAAAUCAGAGGCCUACAUCAAACAAUAUGGCGAAAAGAAGGACUGUUUCUUGGAUGAGGAGGAAACCGUCCGGAUCCCCCUCGUCCACCACUACAAGGGCGUCCCGCGAGGCUUCCCCGACGCCGUCAUGGGAUCCAACGAGAUGAUUGGCAUCCAAGACGACGUCUGUUUUGACCGCUUUGGCCGCCUGGGGCCAUAUGGACUGGGCUACGGGGUGAAGAAAGGCGGGACCGGCGCAGGUCUCGAAGGCGAUCGUGCUGGAGCGGAGCGAGUCUGGAACGAUGUGCCGCCGGUCGAUUUCCGCCAGGUCAACUGGGCGGCCGCCCAGAAUCGAUGUGUGGCCGCCAACAACCACCGCUUCAAAGAUCUCCCAGAGCAGCCCCGAUUGGACCGCAUGUUUGCCAUGCCCGUUGGUGCUUCUCCGCCCCGUCUGGCCGAGGCGCCCGCGCCUUCGAGCAAGAAGGAACCCCGAAAGGGCACCGACCGUCUGCCUCGGACGGCCGUUCUCAUUCGAACCUGGACGGACUACCACUACACUCCCGAAGAUCUCAUGUACCUGCGGUCGUUGAUCGCGGAGCUGUCCCUGCUGUCCGGCGGGGAGUAUACGGUUCACUUCCUGAUCCACGUAAAGGACGACAACCUCCAGAUCUGGUCGGACGACGAGACGUACGAGCGUGUGCUCCGCGAAUCGCUGCCCGAGGAAUUCCACGGCAUGGGUACAUUGUGGUCGGAGCGACAGAUGGGCCUCAUCUACGGCGGACUGGAAGAAACAUUUACGCGGGGGCUGCCGGUGCACGGGGUCUACCGGAGCACGUUCAUGCCGGUGCAGUAUUUCGCCUAUCUGCACCCGGAAUACGACUACUUCUGGAACUGGGAGAUGGAUGUCCGAUACACGGGGCAUUGGUACCAUCUCUUCGACAAGGUGGUCAGCUGGGCUCGCGCGCAGCCGCGGAAGGGGCUCUGGGAGCGCAAUGCUCGCUUCUACGUGCCCUCGGUGCACGGGCCGUGGGAGGAUUUCAUCCAGACGGUUCGCGUCCAGACCGAACUCGGGACGAACAGCCCCAACAACAUGUGGGGACCGCUGAAGGAGGGCAAAGAUCCGCUGGACCCGAACAACAAAGACGUGGGCCGACACGGCGACAAGUUCAUCUGGGGACCCGAGCGACCGCACGAGAGCGAUAUCCUGGAGGUUGAAGGCGAGGGCAUCCCGCCGACGACGAUGGAGAAGGAUCGGUACGAAUGGGGGGUUGGUGAAGAAGCGGACCUGAUCGUGUUCAACCCGCUGUACGACCCGGAGGGCACGACGUGGCUGCUGCGGGACGACGUGACGGGGUACAACAAGGAGAACGGGAUGCCGCCGCGGCGGACGGCGAUCAUCACGGCGUCGCGGCUGUCGCGCAAGCUGCUGAUGACGAUGCACCGCGAGACGAGCCUGAAGCGGCACACGAUGUUCUCGGAGAUGUGGCCGGCGACGACGGCGCUGCACCACGGGUUCAAGGCGGUGUACGUGCCGCACUCGGUGUACAUCGAUCGACGAUGGCCGGUGCACUAUCUGGAGUCGGUGUUCAAUGCGGGCCGCAACGGGGCGUCGGGCGGGGCGCGGACGGCCGUGUUUGGCGACCGCGAGCACAACUUCCGGGGCACGACGUGGUUCUACUCGGCCGGGUUCUCGCCGAAUCUGUGGCGACGCUGGCUGGGGUACAAGGUGGACAACGACGGCGGCGAGGAGGAGGAACUCGCGGGCGAGGGCCGGAUGUGUCUGCCACCGAUGCUGCUCCAUCCGAUCAAGGAGGUGGAGAUGGUGAUUGACGAUGGGGGGUUGGAUGUUGAGGGUUGA